AACUGUGGUAUCAGUAUAUUAAAAAUAAAGCUUUUCUCCCCCGAUUCACACAAGCGUAUUUGUUUUGGUGAAAGAAAUGCAAACACUCUGCGAGAUCAAAUCAACGAAGGAUAAUAUCUCUGGGGAAAUAUUAACAACAGAAUAUAAAAGACUAAAACUAAAUAUCAAGUUUGUGUUAGUAUUUGAAUUAAGACAAAGAACACAAUUCUUUUCCUCUGUUACUGUAAUGUUCUGAAUGUGAAUAAAGUCACAUCCUGUUCUGUCUUUGGAAUCGCUUUUGAUAUGUGAUAUUCUUUCUACCCUCUGUUACCCGCAAGUGAGUGAGCAAGUGUUGCAUGUGUCCUUUAUCUAACUCUUUUCAUGUCAACAGUGCAUGUGGGUGUAUGACACUAGUAGAGGGGUUCGUGUGUGUGUGUGUGUGUGUGAGGGUGCAUUCAUGUGCUCACUGACCAUGCGCAUGUGUGUAUUUUGAACCAUACAAGUUACACAGUUGUCCUUUUUGUGGUGUGGGUGGACACUGAUAUUGUCCCCCCGGUGUCACAUGCUUUGGAAUAUGCUGGCUGCCUUUGUUGUCCCUCUGCCUGUUCUGCUCUUCUGGCAUUUUCAUUCAAUGGUGCACUUGAACACUGUGAUGUUAUUAAGCCUUUCAAACUACUACAGUAUGAAUUCCAGCUCUUAGGAAAGACGAACACCCCAAUGUAGGGCACAUGGAACAAGACAAAACAUCCAGGGUAUAACAGCAAGGAUUGAGAGCAACACAAGAACCAAGGAAAUGUCCCGGCAAGCAGACGCCUCCCAAUGUGGGGGGGUUGUGGUGGAGUUUCAGUCUAACGACAUCAGGGAUGCAAGAGCAAAUAGAACCAGGAAUAUACCAGGUUCAGCUCUUAUCUACCUCAAGGGUCCCAAGUUCCUCAUCUACGUCAGUGGAGCAUUGUCAAUGUGGGGGGACCGCAUGUGGCACUUUGCAAUUUCUGUGUUCCUGAUUGAGCUGUACGGCCGUAACCUGCUGUUGACUGCAGUGUUUGGGUUGGUGGUGGCUGGGUCAGUGCUCCUUUUAGGGGCUUUGAUUGGAGACUGGGUUGAUCGCAAUCCCAGGAACAAAGUUGCACAUGCAUCUCUUUUCAUCCAGAACAUCUCAGUGACAGUAUGUAGCAUUGUGCUCAUGUUGGUGUUCUCAUACAAGCAAAGGAUUGAACAGAUCUGGGAUGGAUGGCUUACUGUGGUUUGUUAUACGGUGGUGAUCGUCCUGGCAGAUGUGGCAAACCUUGCAAGCACAGCACUGACCAUUGCCAUUCAGAGGGACUGGAUUGUGGUUAUCACAGGCUACAACCGAGGUCACCUUGCUGGGAUGAACGCAACCAUGAGGCGGAUAGAUCAGGUGACUAACAUCCUGGCCCCACUAGCAGUGGGACAGGUCAUGACCCUGGCCUCCAAUGUAGUCGGCUGUGGCUUCAUCCUAGGCUGGAACCUUGUGUCUCUCAUCGUGGAGUUCUUCUUCUUGUCCCGGGUGUACCGCAUCGUCCCCGCUCUAUCAGUCAAACCGCCAGUGAUGGAGGUGGAUCAGGUAUAUCUGCCGAGUCUGGAGAGGACGAUGCCACAAGGGGAAGAUAAUGCUGCAGAACCACAACCUCUAACCGAAGGGAACUGCAACACAAGCCUGCACAUAAAAGAAAUCACCAACCUGCCGCUGUGUUUCCGGCGGUUUCGCUGGUUGAUGAGCACCUGCAAGGACGGCUGGAGGGCCUACUACCGCCAGCCUGUCUUCCUGGCAGGAAUGGGUCUGGCCUUCCUCUACACCACCGUCCUGGGUUUUGACUGCAUCACCACCGGCUACGCGUAUACUCAGGGCAUCAGCGGCUCCCUUCUCAGUCUGCUGAUGGGCGUCUCGGCUCUCACAGGGCUGAUGGGCACUGUGAUGUUCACCAGACUCAGGAAGUCCUACGGCCUGGUUAACACGGGCGUCAUCUCAAGCUGCCUCCACCUGGGCUGCUUGCUGCUGUGCGUGUGCUCGGUGUUUGCCCCCGGCAGCCCCAUGGAUCUUAGCUUGCUGAUGCCCUACAUCAACUCCUCUACCGAGCUCGGAGGGAUGACGAGCCAAAGGCAGAAACACACUUAUCCUCUUAGGGGGAGCAGCAAUCAGCCGCUGCUGCCAGACCGCUCCUCCAUCCACUGGACCAACAAUACUGUGCUCUUCGACAACGUGCCCUCUGACACGGCGCCAGAAUCGUACGUCUCCAUUAUCCUUCUCUUCUUGGGCGUCAUCACAGCACGAAUCGGUCUGUGGUCCUUCGACCUGACAGUGACCCAGCUCCUGCAGGAGAACAUCUGUGAGUCAGAGAGGGGCGUAGUAAACGGUGUGCAGAGCUCCAUGAAUUACCUGAUGGAUCUGCUUCACUUCAUCAUGGUGAUCUCUGCUCCACAACCGCACCACUUUGGCAUCCUGGUUAUCAUUUCUGUAUUAUUCAUCACCACUGGGCACACUAUGUACUUCCUGUACGCACACAAAGUUAAGAGAAAACGCCGUCACUGCACAUAAGGAGCAGUCUCAUCGAAUCUACUCCCGACUUAGCCAUUCGUUUCAUCACAACACAGCAAGUGCCUGUCCCACCUCUGUUGCCCUCUUCCUGCCGUAGCAGCAUACAAGAACUCAGGUGAAAUACAGUGGGAGACGCGCUCUCCCUUUGUGUACAUAAGUUGAGGUGGCUUCAGUAAAUGCAGCACUGGUACCUCAAGGCGAGACAUCCUGGUCUAGUGUACAACAGGACACACACGGGUAGCAGCUCAGGCACCUGCAAACCCUGAAGGAUCACUGCAUCACCAGCCUGGUAACUUACAGUACUUAGCUUUUUGGAUGGGAGGGUGGAUGGAUGGAGAGCUUCUUCUAACCGUCACUCGGUAAAGAACUGGUGUUGUGAAGAAAAUCGAACAGCGAUACACGAGAAUGGGAACAAGACGAGACAGUAGUGGCAUCAAUGUUACUGAUCCGUCCACUUGGAAAUAUUCCAGGGUGUCCAAAGACAAACAUAAAGGGAACUCAAUGUCAGAUUGUUUGACUUAGAAAAGAAGAUGAAUCUGAAAGGCAGUUCCCCCUUUAAGUGGACAUAAGUGGAAAGAAAUGUAUUUCCUUUCCCUGGUUUGUUUCUCUGUGGAUGAAUCAAGCUGAUAAUUUGCAGGUAAACCUGGUUUAUGCAUUAAAACAACAAACAUGAUCAACUCACGCCAUGUACUUUUAUCACAAACUAUUUUAUUCUAACUGCUUGUGUACUUUGAUAAAUAAAAAAGUAGUUUCCAAACUUUUUUUCCUUCCCAUAUAAAGAGUGAUAUUAUUAGUUUUAUAGACAUCCAAGAGGAAACCAAUCUUCAUUUUGUGACAUGUUUGAAAUCCGUGAUAAGUCAAUAGCAAAUGUUGAUCACUGCUGUUGGCUGUGAUGUAUUACACAUUGCUUCAUUCUUUUUUAGUUCCGAUGAACUAAACCCUACCUUACCUCAACUAAGAACAUGAACAUUGUUGGGAAUAUCUCUUGGGAAUUACUCUCAGCUACUGUGUGUCUUCAUAUCUCCUUCUUGUACAGUUCGAAACAACAUCAAAGUUAAACCUUCUGUCAUGCAACCAGCAACACAUCUCCAUAUAUUUGUAUAAUUUCGCUGUUCAUUUUCUGUAUUGUAUUGUAUUUUUCAGACUGAUUAUUAUGACAAUAAAUAAGACUGAAGAUGAUCUCAAGUAUUCUGAUCAAUUAAUACCCAAAUCAAUAUA